CUGCGAGAAAACGUGAAAUUCAUGUCUAUUCUGUAUGUGAGAGAUGUCAACGUGAGGUCACAAUAAUGAAGAAUCCUAAUCCGACAACAACCACUCUGUGUCUAGGGUUAAAUGUACUUCUUGCCAUCAUAAUUGUUUUGUUAAACAAAUGGGUUUAUGUACAGAUAGGCUUUCCCAAUGUAACUAUGACAUUUAUUCAUUUUGCUGUUACUUCUUUAGGAUUGGUUAUCUGUCAAAAAUUGUCCCUCUUUCAAUCGAAAGUGCUUCCAGUGAUCAAAGUGAUGCCGUUAGCCACUGCUUUUUGUGGUUUCGUCGUAUUAACUAACCUUUCCUUAGGCCAUAAUACAGUCGGUACUUAUCAGACUAUUAAAACUAUGACAAUGCCAUGUAUCAUGUAUAUACAGACAUAUUUUUACGGAAGAAAAUUCUCUUGGAAGAUCAAAUUUACAUUGCUACCAUUAACAUUGGGUGUUGUUUUGAAUUCUUGUUAUGACAUCAAAUUUAAUGCUUUGGGCACAACCUAUGCAUCGGCUGGGGUGGUGGUUACGUCCUUGUAUCAAGUAUGGGUUGGAGAAAAACAAAAAGAAUUUCAAGUAAACUCCAUGCAGUUGCUGUACUAUCAAGCACCUUUGUCAAUGAUGAUAUUAUUACUUAUCAUUCCAUUUAUUGAACCACCUUGGGUUGAUGGAGGACUGUUUCAACAUGCAUGGACCAUAAAAGACCUGAUCACAGUCUUGUCAUCUGGAAUUGUAGCCUUCUUGGUCAAUCUUUCUAUUUACUGGAUUAUCGGUAAUACUUCAGCAGUAACUUACAAUGUCAUUGGACAGAUGAAAUUUUGCCUUACUCUUAUAGGUGGAUACAUGUUGUUUCAAGAUACCGUUCAAAGCAUACAGCUUUUGGGUAUAUUCAUGACGUUUGUUGGCAUAUUUUUAUACACUCAUUUCAAGAUACAGGAGCAAAAACCUGUUCUCCCAAUGAAUAAUAAAGAUAUGGUGAAAAUGUAAAAAAGUAGAUAAUGUAUAUUUUGAAAUUGUUAUUGAAAACUUUUUUAUUUAAAUGUAAGAUAAAAAUUUUAUACAAAUAAAG